UUGUUUCGGUCACGUGACGCGGUAGCCUACGAAGAUGGUGGAAGUUUCUUCUUCCUCGAAGUGAAACCCCGACUGAAACCUAAACAUCCUGUUGGUUGAGGGCUGAGAGGAAAUUGAAACGUUAUUAAAAACCUUUUCUUCCUCAAAUCUCGGGUCCUUUUCCCAGCCCUAUGUCAUGGCCAGUGGAGUCACCAAGUCAGGCACUUCCAAUGGCUAUCCUAUGAAAGGACAGUUGCAAAUUAUUGUGCUCUCGGCUAAACUAAAGGAAAACAAGAAGAACUGGUUUGGUCCCAGUCCUUACGUGGAAGUUUCAGUUGAUGGCCAGUCCAAAAAAACUGAGAAGUGCAACAACACCCACAGCCCCAAAUGGAAGCAGCCUCUCACUGUGAUCGUGACUCCAUUCAGCAAACUAGUGUUUCGCGUUUGGAGCCACCAGACCCUGAAGUCCGAUGUGUUGCUGGGCAUGGCCACACUGGACGUCAGCGACACUCUCAAGUCCAACGACAUGAAAAUUUCUGAGGUGGUGCAGACCUUGCAACUGUGUGCUGACAGAGACCAGUCAGAUGUGGUGGGAGACCUUUCUGUCUGCCUCGAUGGCAUGACUGUUGACCCUGAAAUGUUUGCCUCGGCUGAAGCUGAUCACCACACCACAUCAAAUGGAGAAUCACAGCCUAAUGGGGAUUUUACUAUAAGACACAGUCGAGACAGUUCUCCAGCUGUGGAUGGCGUAGAGCACAGAUCCUCUCCCAGCUCCCAGAGGACAGCGAACAGCAAAGGGUCUCCAUCAGUGGGUGCGAGGCCUCUCCGACCACCGAGGCCCUCCAGACCUCCCCCCCCAACGCCUCGCAGACCCACCUCCUCACCAGCAUUUUCUAGCAAUGGCUCUGCUCCAGCAGACAGUAGUGAAGGCCAGUCAGCUCCUGAUACGCCAGUGCAAACACCAGCCUCAGGACCCUCAUCGGCACCCGAUUCAAGUCCAUCUACAGGCCCUGACAGAAAUUCCUCACUGGCUUCUGGAGCUGCAGCAACCAGACAGCCAACCAGCAGCAUCACCCCUGUUGUUACUCCCAGAGUCCCGGCAGUCAACGCUGGACCAAUACCCCCUGGAUGGGAGCAGAGGGUGGAUCAAAAUGGCAGGCUGUACUAUGUUGAUCAUGUGGAAAAGAGAACAACUUGGGAACGCCCUGAACCGCUUCCCCACGGAUGGGAGCGUCGUCUUGAUCAGAUGGGGCGGGUCUACUUUGUUGAUCACAUCACACGAACCACUACAUGGCAGCGCCCCACUAUGGAGACAGUGCGUAAUUAUGAGCAGUGGCAGCACCAGCGCAGCCAGCUGCAGGGUGCCAUGCAGCAGUUUAACCAGAGGUUCAUAGUUGGGGCACAAGACCAAGUUGCAGCCACUCAGAAUAAGGAGUUUGAUCCUCUUGGGCCCCUUCCACACGGAUGGGAAAAGAGAACGGACACCAAUGGCAGAGUUUAUUAUGUACAUCAUCCCACCCGUUCAACACAGUGGGAGGACCCUCGAACACAGGGCUUAUUGAAUGAGAAGCCACUUCCAGAAGGCUGGGAGAUGAGGUUCACUGUAGAUGGCAUUCCUUAUUUUGUCGACCACAACAGGAGAACCACAACCUACAUUGAUCCACGUACCGGAAAAUCCUCACUAGAAAAUGGACCACACAUCACCUAUGUUCGAGACUUCAAAGCCAAAGUUCAGUACUUCAGAUUCUGGUGCCAGCAACUGUCACUGCCGCAACACAUCAAGAUCACGGUAACCAGAAAAACCCUGUUUGAGGACUCCUUCCAGCAGAUAAUGAGCUUCAAUGCUCAGGAUCUACGUAGAAGGUUGUGGAUCAUCUUUCCUGGAGAGGAGGGCCUUGACUAUGGUGGUGUUGCAAGGGAGUGGUUCUUCCUGUUGUCCCAUGAGGUUUUGAAUCCGAUGUACUGCCUGUUCGAAUAUGCUGGUAAAGAUAACUACUGUCUCCAGAUCAACCCUGCCUCCUACAUCAACCCCGACCACCUCAAGUAUUUCAAGUUCAUAGGACGAUUUAUUGCCAUGGCACUUUUCCAUGGAAAGUUCAUCGACACUGGUUUCUCACUGCCAUUUUACAAGCGCAUCCUCAACAAGCCGUUGGCCCUCAAAGACCUGGAGUCAAUAGAUCCUGAGUUCUACAACUCCCUCAUGUGGAUCAAGGACAACGACAUCGAGGAGUGUGGCCUGGAGAUGUUCUUCUCUGUUGACAAGGAGAUCCUUGGGGAAAUCACCACCCAUGAGCUGAAACCAGGAGGAGGUGACAUCCAAGUCACAGAGGAGAACAAGGAGGAGUACAUCAGGCUGGUAGCAGAGUGGCGACUGUCCAGAGGAGUGGAAGAGCAGACGCAAGCUUUCUUUGAAGGUUUCAAUGAGGUUCUUCCUCAGCAGUACCUGCAGUACUUUGAUGCUAAAGAGUUAGAGGUGAUGCUGUGUGGUAUGCAGGAGAUCGACCUUGCAGACUGGCAAAGAAACACCAUCUACAGACACUAUGCUCGUAACAGUAAACAGAUCAUGUGGUUCUGGCAGUUCAUCAAAGAGAUGGAUAAUGAAAAGCGGAUGAGGCUGCUGCAGUUUGUCACUGGUACCUGUCGUCUGCCUGUAGGAGGCUUUGCUGACCUCAUGGGAAGCAACGGUCCUCAAAAGUUCUGUAUUGAGAAGGUGGGAAAAGAAAACUGGCUUCCCAGGAGUCACACAUGCUUCAAUAGACUGGACUUGCCGCCCUACAAGAGCUAUGAGCAACUAAAAGAGAAGUUGAUGUUCGCCAUCGAAGAGACGGAAGGAUUUGGGCAGGAGUGAAAGGAUGAGAAGUUUAAGAAGUUAAAAACCAUCGUGUUAAGAUCUGGGAGCGUCUGCAGACUAUGCAGGUGUUUUGGGGAGUUUGUACUGAUGCAGGCAUGUACCUGUAUGUACAUCUGGUGCACUGCUAGUGUUGUCAGCAUGUAGUUGGGAUUUAGACAUCUGCUCUGCUCACUUAGCUGAUGUGUACAAGAAAAACUUUGCAUUCUUUUAAACCAAAAUGUAGAAGCUGCCCCUGUCUCUGAGAAUGUGCGGUAAAUUAUGCAUGAGUCCCUGAAACCUCACCUUUCUAAGACUGACCUGCUUAACAGAACUACAGCAGUUUCUCACCCAAACAUGUGUUAUAACUGGGUGGUCUGGGGCCGACGGCCAUAAUCUGUGAGAAGGAGCACUGGUUCCAGCAGCAAUAGUAUUACACUUUAAAAUCAAAUUAAGAGGUUGUGUUUUUAUUAUUAUUAUUAUUAUUUUUAAUGGGGUUAAACUGCACCAAAAAGCAAAUUAUGUUGCAUAGAAAGAGACCCUGAACUAAUGAUUAAAGUAGAUAUUUUUUAAAACAAACAAUAACACAUAACUUUUGCAAAUGUUCCAAAAUUAACGCUUAAAUAACAGACAAUCUUGGUGCUUUGAUGAGUUUUGGUAUACACGCCUGUUUUGUGCUCCGGGUUAUAUAGUGUUUGAUCUGUGAAUCGAUUAAUGAUUGUGAAAAGUGUUGUUGCCUCCAUUAUUUGUAGUGAUGGUGGAAAAUGUGGAACACAGCAUGAGCUGACCCUAGUUUUAUAGGGCCACACUGCACACGGUGAUGUGGGUCAUUGGGACAUUAUGGAUUAGAGUAUUCUGGAAGAAUUGUAAAGAUCUUUAUCUCAGCUUUAACAUUUUAGACAUUUUGUUGUUUAGUUUACAGAAAGGUUUGGAUUAAAACAGGAUCCUAAGGAAAUGCUUAAUGAUUAAAUCAUUACUUUAAAGUGAGUGAAAUCACCAAAACCAAGUCUAACCAAAUCAAAUAAAUUUUAAAUCAAAACAAAUUAUUUCAAUGCAUUCUUGCCAAAAAAAAAAAAAAAAAAAAAAAUCCGAAAUAAACAAUUUACCUCUGGUUAAUUUUAGUCAGCAGUUUUUAUGAAAUUCUGAGACACAUGGUUAAACAUGUUUUUUAUAAUAGAAGAUAUAUUUAAGAUAUGAUUUAAGGUAAAGAUUAUGUCUGCUUUCACUGAUUAAAGGUCCCAAGUACAGAUUAUUUUAACAGAUUGCUUUAUGGAUUACUGAUAUUUGUCCAUAAACAAACCAAUGAGGAGCGUGUAUAGAAGUGUCUUUAUAACCACUAAUGCUUGUUUGGUCUAGUUGGCCAGCAGCAGAGUUUGAGGUGAUCAAGCUAACAUAUCAACUAAAACACCAGUUUUUUUUUCUUCUUCUUCUUCUUUUGUUGAAGUGCCAUUUUUGAUUUGACACUAAAGCAGCAGGUGUGGUAGCUGUGUAACAUUGGUUUCAGGUAGCAUUAUUCUGACCAAGCACAGCACUUUUCUUUACUCAGAGCAGUCCCGAUUGCUGGUGCCUCUUAGUCCUCUUGUUUUCACAUGCAUAUUGAGAUGGUGUUGGGUACAGUAUCAGUCAUUAGCUGUCAGUUAGCCUUACUCCCACCCUUAAGCAUCGGGUGUCCUUUUUAGCAACUUGAGGCAGAGAUGAUUGGCUGCAGGUUGUUUAGCUUCGACUCUGGUUAGUUAAUCUUAACUCUACUGUGCAGAAGUAACCAGAUCAAAAUGAGUGUUUAGAAGCAGCUGCACCAGUGUCAGAGACUGUGAGACUUGAGCUGGGGACUCACUGAAUGUAUCAGGAUGAAAAAUUGAUCGGUCAAGUUUGUCACCCCUGAUGCAGGCUGUAGUUUAACCUUAUGGGUUUCUCACACUUUGACAUAGUUACUGAGCAAAUAUGCAAAUAUCAUUAAGCAUUGCUCCUUUUGUGCAUUUUCUUUUCCAGAAUCCUCCAAAUCCAACUAAACCACUGUCACUCCUGUAAAUGAUACGAAGUUGUAAAUGGUGUCAAUAACAAAUUUUCUUUUAUAAGAGAGAGGUUUUAAUAAGAAGUUUACGGUAAUGCUCUAUUUUCUUUUCCCUGUUUAAUUGCUGAUGUACAUGAAGAUAAUGUAAUAUAGAAAUUGUCACCUUAAUAAAUUAAAAUGAAAAAUG